UGUACAGUAUUUCAUUUUUAUUAUUUUUCUUUCUUCCCAUUUCUUAUUCUCUAUAUGUAAUAUAGUACGUCACACGGAAAUUCAUUGCAUAACUAUAAAAGAGACGUACAACUGAAAAAUCCAAAACAAAGGCAGCAACAAGCAACAACCUCACCAAACACACCAUUUCCUCACGGCAUUGCAUAAAGCGAACUUCACACUGCAACCAUCUUGUGCUUGCUUUUCUAAUAUAUUUAGUAUUUACACAAAUCUCUGCAUUUCUUCGCCACGGACAAUUCAGUUCCAAGAAGGAGACCCGGGAGCAGCAGCAGGGUAAUAUCACGUGUGAUAGUGACCCGACCCGGGAAGGGCAGCCAGAUUUUUUUUUUGAGGUGGCAUGGGGGACCAUGAAAAGUGAAAAACAAACACUAGCAGUUUUGGGCAUUACAUUGAAUUCUGAUGAUGUGAUAACAGCUUUCCAAUUUUGGCAUUUGCAUGGACCCCCUUCACAAAAAGACGAACCAUUCGCAUGGCCAUCUCUUUCCUUAUCCUCCCCACACUCGUCCAUUCCUCACCACCAAACCCUAACUAACCCUUGACAGAUCAUGGCGAGAAGGGUUGUGAGAGGGGGAGAUGAUCCAAGUAGUGGAGGAGGAGUGGGUCGACUCGCAUUGAGAGAGGAGAGUGGUACACUGAAACUAAUCCUUUCUGUGAGGUGAUACAAAAAAGGAAUGUUCAUCUCCGAUGACUAAUCCUCUUUGCUCAAGGACCCUUUUCCUCCAUUUCCGCUGCUUUUUCUCUUCCAUGUUUUCUUCUCAAGAGAAAAAAAAAUGGUCAGUGCAUGAGCAGUGAAGCUGAAACAAGGGAAUAAAUCAGAAGGGAAGUACUGGGUUUUUGUCAAGAUGGAUUAUGAUAAGGCACCUGCAUCCUCGGCUCCUCUAUUGUGCUAUGCCAAUAAUCUACCCAAAUCAAAAGAAAGUAUUAAUAAGGAUUUAAUGGGCCAGGAAGAAGAUUCCCAGUUCUCCCAACAUCAACUAACCUGGCGACCAACCCUUUCAGAGGUCUUUGAAGAGAUCAAGCAGCUUUAUUCCAUAGCUUUACCCAUGAUUAUCACGGGCCUGCUCAUCUAUGGGAAAUCAGCGAUAUCGAUGUUGUUCAUGGGGAAACUAGGGAAGGAGGCAUUGGCAGGUGGGUCUCUCUCAAUUGGCUUUGCUAACAUCACCGGCUACUCUGUCAUCUCUGGCCUUGCCAUGGGCAUGGAAGCCAUCUCCUCUCAAGCCUGUGGAGCCAAACAGUGGCCUCUCAUGGCCCAAACACUACAGCGGACAACUGCAAUUCUGGCUUCUGCUUGCAUACCCAUCUCCCUCUUGUGGCUAAACGUGGAACGCAUCCUUCUAUUUUGCGGCCAAGACCCAGCCAUGUCUUCAAUUGCUUCCACCUACCUCGCAUUCUCUCUCCCUGAUCUCCUUUUCCAAUCCCUAAUCAGUCCUCUCAAAAUUUACUUGAGAUCUCAGAACAUCACUCUCCCUCUCAUGAUCAGCGCAUUAUUUUCACUCGCUCUCCACGCCCCCAUCAACUACUUCCUCGUCCACCAUCUCGGCCUCGGCAUUCGAGGCGUGGCCAUGGCCGUGGCUGUAACAGACCUUAAUCUCCUCGCAAUACUCCUUCUCUACCUCUGCUUUUCCGGGACAUAUAGAAAAUCAUGGCAAGGCUGGUCGCUCAGGUGCUGCUUUGAUGAGUGGAAGCCAAUUCUUAUGCUGGCCAUCCCCAGUUGCAUCUCAGUCUGCUUAGAGUGGUGGUGGUACGAGCUGAUGAUAGUCCUUUCAGGGCUGUUAUGGGACGCGGCCGAGGCAGUGGCCGCCAUGGGAAUUCUCAUACAAGCAACUUCACUUGUCUACAUCUUCCCUUCCUCACUGAGCCUUGCCGUGUCAACACGUGUCGGGAACAUGCUAGGCGCAAACCAACCUGGCAAAGCCAAAGUCUCAGCUCUCGUUGCACUCUCCUGUGCCAUCUUCACCAGCUUCAUCGCCAUGUCAUUCAUGACAACCAUGAGAAACGCUUGGGGACAGGCUUUCUCUGCAGACAAAGCCAUUGUAUCCUUAACGGCCAUGACAAUGCCGGUGGUGGGGCUCUGUGAGCUUGGGAACUGCCCACAGACCACUGGCUGUGGGGUCCUGAGGGGCAGUGCCAGGCCCACUCUUGGCGCCAACAUCAACUUGGGCUCCUUCUACGCUAUUGGUCUGCCCAUUUCAGUGCUAAUGGGCUUUUUCAUGGACAUGGGCUUAUUGGGUCUGUGGUUGGGCCUUGUUGGAGCGCAGACUGUGUGUGCAUCAGUCAUGCUGCUUGUGACUUUGAGAACAGAUUGGGUGGCACAAGCCCACAGAGCCAGAGCGCUCACUGGUAUCUAUAUGGACUGCGAAGCAGGAAGUAAAACCCCCAAAGAAUUAAUACCAGUCAAGCUUGUGGAUUACUAAUUAAAUCAAUUAUGUGUCUUCCUUUCGGCCAUAUGGAAAAAGGCCUAUGUUGUGGUCUGAAAGUUUGUUUGAGCCUGCCAUUUAGGCCCAGGUAUUUGACCCCUUUUCCUCUCCAUACACUCGAAAUUCAGGCCCAUCGAUCACCUUGAAUAGUUUCUUGUUUUUAACUUUGAUUAAAAAACUAAGGUUGAAGGGAAGCCAAAGCCAUGAUUUCUUAGGAAAAAUAUCCGUAUGAUAAACAUUGAACAACUUUUUGUAACAAACAA